AUGGCGACGUCCAGGUUCCUUCGCGCCCUGCAGCUGCGCAUAACCCCACGCCCUUUGAGCAGCCUCUCGCGUCAUUGCCCUGCACAGCGCCUCCCUCGCCGAACCUACGCUACCUCGGUAGCCGCCGCGGAUCUCAAGUUUGGCCAGGCCUUACACGAGACACACCCGCAUAUUCUCAGCCCCGGAGAACUUACGCCCGGCAUCACUGCCCUCGAAUAUGCCCAUCGCCGAUCACGACUCGCCAACAAGCUUCCCAAGGGCGCAGUCGCUGUGCUAGCCGCCUCCGAGGUCAAGUAUCGCGCACCCGGAAUUUUCCAUGAAUACCGCCAAGAGUCCAGCUUCUUUUAUUUGACGGGAUUCAACGAGCCGAAUGCGCUGGCGGUCAUCGCAAAUGACGGGUCCGGCGACAAUCACAUUUUCCAUCUCUAUGUGCGGGAAAAGGACGCUAGCGCUGAGCUCUGGGACGGGGCACGAUCUGGGACCCAGGCCGCGGUGGAUGUCUUCAACGCGGAUGAAACAGGGAACAUCGAACGCAUUGGUGACAUUCUACCUAACAUCGUGACGGGGGCUACUGAGGUUUAUUCGGACAUUCCCGGUUUUGACGGAUCGAGAUCGACCUUGCACCGGUACCUGUAUGGGCCUACAGUUGCGUCCGAAAAGUUGAAAAAGGUUGUCGACAACCGCAAAGUCAAGCCAUUAAAGCCGCUUCUCAAUGAGAUGAGAGCCUUCAAGACCGAGGACGAGGUUGUCCACAUGCGACGAGUGGGACAAGCAUCGGGGCGAUCCUUCACUGAGUCGAUGCGCCAGACGUUCGCUCGAGAGAAGGAUCUCUGCUCAUUCCUCGAGUAUCAAUUCAAGGCCAAUGGAUGCGAUACUAGUGCAUUCGUCCCGGUUGUCGCCGGUGGCCAGAAUGCCCUCAGCAUUCAUUACACCCGGAACGAUGAUGUCCUGAAGGACGGAGACCUAGUGCUCGUCGAUGGCGGUGGUGAAUUGGGUGGCUACAUCUCCGACAUCACUAGAACGUGGCCAGUCAAUGGUAAAUUCACUGCGCCUCAGCGCGAUCUAUACAACGCUGUACUCAAUGUCCAUCGGACAUGUGUUUCUCUGUGCCGGGAAAGCGCCCAGCUCUCGCUUGACAAGCUGCACGGGAUUGCGGAGAAUGGGCUAAAGGACCAGCUCCAACAGCUUGGAUUUAAUCUUUCAGGGAAUGGUCUGACUACCCUCUUCCCGCAUCACCUGAGUCACUAUGUCGGUCUCGAUGUUCAUGACUGUCCUGGGUACUCCAGAGGUUAUAACCUCAAGGCGGGCCAAUGUGUAACGGUUGAGCCGGGCAUUUAUGUUCCAGACGACGAGCGGUGGCCCGCUCAUUUCCGAGGGAUUGGGAUCCGCAUUGAGGACAGUGUAUGUGUGGGAGACGAUCACCCGAUUAUUCUGACUCCCGAGGCAGUCAAGGAGGUCGAUGACAUCGAGGCCCUGCGCAGUUAG